AAAAUAAUUAAUGUUUAUAUUAAAAUUCAUUCACGAUGAGGUACAUCAAUCUAAAACACAUGACUACACUAACUACUAAUAUAAUGAAGUUCAAUUGAUCAAAGUUUCCCAUGUGAACAACAACUCCCUAGACCUUCAUCCAUCCAUUAAUCAAAUCUCACACUAAUUACCAUAAUCUUCUCAAUUCAAAGCUGUCUAUAGUUUUCCCACACACUCUACCCUUAUAUUCUCUUUUCCCCUACCUCAACCUACAAACAAAUAAGGUCCUAAGUUUCAAAUGGCACUUCCAAUUUCUUCUUGGAGCUUCAUCCUAUAUACCCUAUUUUUCUUUAUGAUUGUACAAGAGAAUUUGGCUAGAAAGAUAACUAUAGUUAAGGAUAUAGCCAAUGAUUUGCAACAAGUCACAACAGAGGAUCUUGUAAAUAAUAUUAUGGAUGUUGAAAACUCUGAUCAUGUAGAAAUGAAUAAGAAAGAUGAACACAAAAUGAUCAUUGGAAAGGAUCAUCACAAUCAAAUAGACCCUGAAUUGAAUGUGUUUUUUGUACCAAAGGAUUUAAAAGUUGGAAAAAUAAUGCCAAUUUAUUUUUCCAAGAAAAAUUCAUCAACAACUCCAAAAUUUCUACCAAAAGAAGAAGCUGAAAAAAUUCCUUUCACACCAGAAAAACUACCUUCUCUUCUAGAUUUCUUCUCCAUCUCAAAAAAAUCUCCACAAGCCAAAGCUAUGAAAUACACACUUGAACAAUGUAAUUUUGAACCUAUGGAAGGAGAGACAAAAUUUUGUGCAACAUCCUUAGAAUCUUUGUUUGACUUUGCAAAUAACAUGUUUGGUUCCAAUUCAAAAUUCAAAGUUUUGACCACAACUCAUGUCACAAAAUUCACUGUCCCUUUACAAAAUUACAAAAUUUCACAAGUGAAUGAAAUUUCAGUUCCUAAUGCAAUUGGGUGUCACCCUAUGCCUUAUCCUUUUGCAGUUUUCUAUUGUCAUAGUCAAAAGGGUGAUACUAGUUUGUAUGAAAUUGUUGUUGAAGGUGAAAAUGGAGGAAUUGUUCAUGCUGCAGCAAUUUGUCAUAUGGAUACUUCUAAAUGGGAUGCUGAUCAUGUCGCUUUUCGCGUACUUAAUGUUCUUCCUGGAAAUUCUCCUGUGUGUCAUUUCUUCCCUCCUGAUAAUCUAGUUUGGGUUCCUCUGUCUUCAACACCAUAAAUUAUAAGUUGUGGUUUUUUUUUUUUGUCUGUUUAUAUUAUGUUUAUGAAAAAACUAUGUUAGUUCUAGACAUGGUGUUACUAGAAAAGGUACUUUGAUGCAAAACUAAGUAAUAAAGGUGUUAUUGGUGUGAUUUAGAAAAUUAGUAAUAAUCCUAUGUACCAAAAAAAAAAAUACUAGUAAUAAUCCUUAAUUAUCUUGUGCAAA